AAUGUGCUGUGCUUUCAAUAAUUUAAAUGAAUACUAAUUAAACGCUAUAAACACAUUUAAAAAACGUAGUUGGCCAGCUUCCCUCCGGCUCCGGCGUUCAAAGACAUUGUGUUCAGGCGUUAUCCAGGCCAGCGCGGUGUCCGGAGAGCAGCUGGUGCUGACUGAUGUUGGACCAGGAAGAGGUCUGUGUAUUGAUCUGCAGUCUGCUGAUCGAACUCAUCAAUAACUCCUUUAACUGUUCAAUCCUCGGCUCAUCCGGCUCCGUGUGAAUCCUCAGCAUGCCUCUGUUCAACCACAACCCGUUUGACCAGGAUGUCGAGAAGUCAACCAAUGAAAACAACACAACAGACGACUGGGGGCUCAUUAUGGACAUCUGCGACAAGAUUGGAACGACAUCCAACGGACCAAAGGACAGCUUGAGAUCCAUAAUGAAGAGAGUCAACCACAAAGUGCCUCAUGUUGCCAUGCAGGCCCUCAAUCUGCUGGGUGCUUGUGUGUCAAACUGCGGUAAAAUAUUCCACUUGGAGAUCUGCUCUCGGGAGUUCUCCGGUGAAGUACGGAGUGUACUGAGCAGGGCCCACCCUAAGGUGUGUGAGAAGCUGAAGGCUCUGAUGGUGGAGUGGGCAGAAGGCUUCCAGAAAGAUCCACAGCUCAGCCUGAUCAGUGCCACCAUCAAGUCUCUGAAAGAGGAGGGCAUCAGCUUCCCCACCGCGUCCUCACAGGGUUCCUCCACAAAGGCCAGCACACCUGCUGCCGGCAAACCAUCGGAUGAUGACAACCUGGCCAAAGCCAUCGAGCUGUCCCUGCAGGAGCAGAAGCAGCCGGUGGAGACGCGGCCCCUGACCGUGACCUCUGACCCCCCAAGCUACACCAAUGGCGGUGGCAGCGGGGGCCAGGAGGCCCGGAAGGUGCGAGCGCUGUACGACUUCGAAGCGGCGGAAGAUAACGAGCUGACCUUCAAAACUGGAGAACUUAUUCUGGUUCUGGAUGACAGCGAUCCAAACUGGUGGAAAGGAGAGAACCACAGAGGACUGGGACUCUUCCCUUCCAACUUCGUCACGACCAACCUGAACGCUGAGCCGGAGACAGUGACAUUUGUUGAAAAGGCAGCCACUCCUGAAGAGACGAGCCUGGAGACCAAAGUAGAGCCUGAGCCCGUCUUCAUUGACGAGGGGAAGAUGGACCGAACGCUGGCGCUGCUGCAGAAUGCAGAUCCUGCGGAUCCGGCUCCCGACUCUGCAGAGCUGCUCCAGCUGGAGGGUGCAUGUGAACAGAUGAACCCCAUGAUUGACGAGAGGCUGCAGGAGAUUGACAGGAAACACUCUGAGUUGUCGGAGCUGAAUGUGAAAGUUCUGGAGGCGCUGGAGCUUUACAACAAGCUGAUGAACGAGGCUCCGUUCUACUCGGCCUACUCCAAGAUGCAGGCGCAGUACGCUCCGGCAGGCUCAGCUGUGGCCAUGCAGGGUUACCUCGGCCCAGCUGGCGGCGCCUACCUGCCUCCGGGGAUGCCCCAGGUACCGACCGCUCAGCCCUACGCUCUGCCCAGUGACCAACCCGGACAGCUGCACUCACUGCCCCCCAACGUCUCGGCUCCACCCAGCUGCCAAGCUGCUCAGCCCCCCUACAUGAGCAGCGGUAUGAACGCUCAGUACAUGAACCACGCAGCUGGAGCGCCGUACGCCCACCAGGCGGGCGUGGCCAUGGACAUGUCGACCUAUCACAACUCCAACAUGCCUCCUGUGUCCUACCCGGUGGCCGCCCCCCCUCACCAGGCUCCUCAGCAGCAGCAGGCGGCGUAUUAUCAGCAGCCUCUGCUGUAAACCGCCGACUGACCGCAGACCUGACAUCAGUACACACCUCAGAUAUUUCACUUUCCAGCGGCGUGUUCAUUUGGCUUACUUUUGUGCCUGAUGAGCUGAACUGAACGCACCCCUGUGAACGUCUGAAAUAACUGAGGUGUGUAUGUGACGCAGGUCUGUCUUGGACACUCUCUCUGUGUGUGUGCACGUCCUCAGCUUCUGUACGUGAGGCUAAACAUGGCGUCAGGAGUCUUCACUGCUUUUUCCCGGCUGACGGUGAACGCGGCGCUGCUCGUCACACACAUCACAGGUCAACACAGAAGAAGAAGAAGAGUUGCCAGUCACCGAUACAGGACCACCACAUCAUGAGCAGUCAUCGCCUAAUUCAACACAAUGCUCCUCCCAAACAUUUCUGUUUCUGAUUGACCCCCUUUCUAAAGAAUUCACUCAACAUGUCGUCUCCUGAGGAGGUACCGGAGGGUCGGCCGUGUCCACACUAAUGUAGAUAAAUGAGAAAACAUGAUUCUUUUUCUACCUUGUUUAUAUACCGACAGUGUAGUGAAAGCAAUCCCCUCUCGAUGUCUACACUGGAUACGUUCAGACACAGUACGGCUGUGCACUAGAACCGCUUUGGCAGCCCACAUAGCCGAAUAUAAGUCAGAAUAAAAUAGACUAAAAUAGCAGCUCUGCAUGUAAGGGAAAUGUGAGCCUUUACGCUCGGCCGGUUCAGACCGCUGUAUUGAUCAAAAUGAAGCACAUCUGUUCUGUCAGAUGACUGAAAAACACGGCUGAAACGUGACCGCUAUAGACGACCCGCAAGCCGACAAAAACAACUUUUUGAAACACGUUCUGCAGAGUAAAUAAAGUUGAAAAGUCUCACGUUGUAGUUUGGACAGUAAAACUGAGCUGUCAUGCAUGAUAUAUGCUAGUGCGCUAGCUAGAGCUGCAACGAAUAAUCAACUAGCUGUCAACUAUGAAAAUAAUAGCCUACUAUUUUGAUAAUAAAUUGAUCGGUUUGAGUCGCUCAGUUCUCUGAUUGCAGCUUUCCUGGUUUCUUUCCUCCUCUGUGACAGUAAAGUGAAUAUCUUUGAGACAUUUGAGGACGUCAUCUUGGGCUUUGGGAAACACUGAUCAACAUUUUUCACCAUUUU